AUGGCGACAUACUACCUAUACUUCUUAUUCUUAACAUGUGAAGUUACGUGUGGUGCAGCGUCACUUGACAUCGCAGAUCGACAGAAUGCCCACAGCGCCACUAUUGCAGUGAGAGCUACCGUUGAGCUAUUCAAGCUCGUGAAGCGUGAAAGAGAGGUCGACAGAGAGAUACUCACCUUCUCAAUCUCGCAUGACCACACAGCGGUGAGGAUCUGUGGUCACUAUGCUGUUCUCGAUGUCAGAACUUCAAGUACUCCCAACAACUCCCAACAAUCCAACGUCGAGUCGGUGCUCAUAAUCAACGAUGAUGACACAGCCAACCAAGUCAGCUGGGCUAUAUUGACUCCACAGAGGUUACACCAACCACUUCUUACAAUGAACGAACUCAAACAGGUUCGCACAACAUUGAGCGAUGGACGUACUGAUGCUAGGACGUGCGGCCGAGGCACAUCGGUCAACACCGCAAAUAUCAACAUUUGUAUAAUUGCCUUCAUCGCGAAUCCUCCAUGA